CCUGGCCCCGCCCCCCCACGCACUCACUGUUAUCGCAGCAGGUCCGAGGUGGCAGACGGCGGCCGGCCGACCUACGCGACGUUUCUAUAGUGCUCUUCAAGCCAAGGCUGCAGACGGGCUGAAGAUGAGUCAGCUGAAGGAGCGCUUCGUGGCUGUGCUGCACGAGAAGAACUUCGUGACGGAUCAGCUGGCGGCGCUGGAGCAAAAGACGGGAGUCAAGAGAGAGUACAUCGCUUUGGGUGUUCUUGGUUUUAUCGGACUCUACCUUCUGUUUGGAUAUGGAGCCUCACUGCUCUGCAACCUGAUCGGUUUUAUCUAUCCAGCAUAUUUCUCCAUCAAGGCCAUUGAGAGCAGUAACAAGGAGGAUGACACGCAGUGGCUGACCUACUGGGUUGUUUACGGAGUCUUCAGCAUCGUUGAGGCUUUCUCUGACAUCUUCCUCUUCUGGUUUCCUUUUUACUAUGCUGCCAAGUGUGUGUUCUUGAUAUGGUGCAUGGCUCCUGUGACGUGGAACGGUUCAGACAUGUUGUACAAGCGUGUGAUCCGGCCAUUUUUCCUCAAACAUCAAGCCGCCAUGGACACGGUGGUCAGUGAUCUGACCUCCAGGGCAAAGGACAUAACUGAAACUGUCACAAAGGGAGCUGUUAACCAGGUGCUCAACCACGACAAGGACCAGUGAGGAGCUUGCAAAGACUUGCGUGUCUGUGUAAGAGAAACUGAGUGUAUGCGUGUUUCUGCUGUUUCACCUCCUCUUUCACCUGGCCCCCUCUGUGAUGGAUGAUUACUGACACAACUGAAGCUUCACUUUCCUAAAAAUAAGCACGAGUUUGCAUCUACAUCAGUUUACUGCCGCUGGUGCUGCGAUAUAGACAAUCAAUGAAAUUGUGACCUUCCGGUAAUUCUAUUUUCUUCGUUGUUUUGUGGAUAGAAUAUGUUUAUUGUCUACUUGCAGCCUUUAGACCCACUGGCGGUGCGAUCAGUGGGUCUAGUUGAGCCUUUACUGGGCUGUUUACAACACGUGAAUUGAAAAUAAAAUGGCGGUACAUCUCGGUCAUCUCAGGAUCAUUGAAGAUCACAAUCUUCAUUAUCAAACCAGAUUACCCUGAGGUAUGACCAUAAACAGAUUUAUUUUUUUUUGCUCUUACGUGUGAUUCUCAGCAGCUUUUUCUUCCAUUGACACUCAGGACUGGAAUAUUUCCGAGUCACCAGCAUCUUCUUCCUCUGAAAAGCCUUAUUUUCACCAGUGCCAUGCAGAAUUCUCUGUCCAUUUGUGCUACCUAGAAAGUUACUUAACAGUAACUGGAUAACUUUUCUGUUUGAUUUUCUUAAUUUAUAAUUUGAGUAGGGGGGAAUAAAACUUGAACCCUGAUGAACUGGAAA